AUUUAUUAGAAAGCAAAAUUAGGGUAAAGAACCAAAGAUACAAGUUGAAACAAAAAAGGAAAACUAAUGGACAGAAACACAUGAUGGUGAUCAGGGUGACAUUUUGGCACUAUUAUAUGUAGAGUUCAAAAUGUAAAUAGUUGCUGGCGGGAGCUGCAUUUGCCCUAUUUAAGUAUGUUCAGCUUAGAUGUAGCAACUCCAGAAACUUGCAUUUCUCAGUAAAUAUGUAGAAACUUCCCUUUUCCCAGGUUUGUGACUUUUGUUUUAAGUGUUUGUGAUAACUUCCUCAUUCAGUGUUUGUGUUCCAGGGGCAAGUGAUUUUUUUCCUGGUGUAUUUUAGGUGCAGAUCCACGGAGGAGAGGACCGCAGUGGAUGGUGACUGGAUUCAUUCACUGCCCAGCCGGUCGUCAAGCCUCUCAGUGUCGUCGACUGUACUAUUGGGUUACAGCUUCUUUCCCUACUCAAUCGUGGUUCCAACUGCCUACUUGCAUUUUCAAGAGGGGUUCUUCGAGUCGAGGGGUCAGGGAAUUGGCAUACGUGGUCUGUUUAGCAGGGGAGUUGUUCAUCAACCUCAAUUAGUGACUUCUGAGAUCGCUUCGAAGACUGCAAUUCCAAGUAAUUUAUCUUUCCCUAGCUUUUCAUUUUUGGUUGAGGGCCUGGGGUGCUUAAUGAUUAGUAAUGGCGGAUUGGAAAGAAAAUCAUGGUGGUGGUCGACUGUCAUUUCCUAUAUUUUCAACUGUGGUUUAGGGUUCAUAGGGUGAUAUUAAUUAGACCAGAGGAAUGGAAUUGAGAAUCAUGUUGAUGGUCCGUUUUGUGAUUUAAAUACAUUUUGGGUGGAUGGUUCACUUGGUAGACUCCAUCGGCGUUUAUACUCUUCUUCUUAUCACUGCAUAAUUACAAGGUAGACUCAACUUUGGUUGGAGCAUUUUGGAUUUCUUCGACUGUUAUGUUUGUGGUCUGUUGUAUGUGUCAUUAACUCGCACAAACUUAUGAUUGGUGAGGAGUUAAGCUUCUGUUAUAACAACUAAUUGAUUUAUAUGAAUGGCAGCUGCAAAGUGUAUUGGAACGAGUGCAUCAUUUACCACGACAUGUAUUUCAGAUUGCGUCAGGUUAUUGCAGAAUUAAAUAUGGAUAGUGCAAAUGUCAUCCCAUCUGCCCAACCACAGAUUUAUCGAUCGUCUGUACCAUGGAAACGUCGAGGAGUUUUUAUUCAUCCUGAAGAUCAGUACCAACGCUGUGUGUUAUCUGCUGAAGAGGAAGAAGCAUUUGAGAGAGAUGUGUUCUCUGCGUUUUAAUUUUUCUAAUUAGUUCAUCUAUUCAAUGAGUAAUACAUGGUUUUAUAUUUAAAUUCUGCAGAAGAAGCUGCCUUACAAUUCCAACUCUCUCAACUUCGGCGAAUGCUAUCCCAAGUCGCCCGUAAGAGAAGACAUCAUAUUUUGAAACAGAAGGUUCACAGGAGGGGCUUGCCUUUUGAACACCAAGGUUGUUGUUUGCUUAAUUUUGUAGCAAGUCUUACAUAUUAGGCUAUUCUGUAUUGUUCACUCUUUAUUUAUUUCUUUAUUAACUUAUUUGUUUUGGUGUUGUUCAUAGUUUGGGAGCCUCAGUUUAGAUUUCUAUUACAAAAGCAAAGUCGAUUACUUCGAUGUAUUCAUCUGCAUCGAAAGAGACGUGGCCGAAGUUUCUUUCCUACAGAAGUCAAUCAAAGUAUGUGGUUCUA